AUGGCUGCUCAAGAACUUAUUACCAUUUUGGAACGAACUGUUGCUGGCACCCAAGCUGAUUUGGAAAACGCACGAAAUUUUCUUUCGAAAGCAGCUGAGCAAAAUUUAGUAAGAUUUAAGCCUGAACUUCUGAAGCAUUUAUCUGAUAUAUUGAAUACAGUAACAAAUAAUCCAAUUGCACGCACGCAAGCAGCAUUGCAAUUAAAGAAUGCUAUCUAUUCUCGUGAAGAAAAUUUGAGAAAGGUCUAUCAAGAUCGUUGGGUGGCACUACCACAAGAUAUAAAAAAUUACAUCAAGAAUAAUUGUUUUGAAGCCCUCGGCACUGAAACAUCGAAACCAUCACAAGCUGCUCAGUGUGUUGGUUAUAUCGCUUGUGCCGAUUUACCGCGUGGACAAUGGCGCGAUUUGAUCGACCGACUAGUCGCCAAUGUAACAACGCCAGGAAAAGCGGAUAAUUUACGUGAAGCUAGUCUCGAAGCGCUAGGCUAUAUAUGUCAAGAUAUUGAUGCCAGCGUUUUGAUUCCACAAAGUAACGUUAUUUUGACAGCGCUUGUAUAUGGCAUGAGAAAAGAAGAAGUGAACGAUAAUGUUCGUCUAGCGGCCACAACAGCCAUGCUGAAUUCAUUAGAAUUUACAAAAAAUAAUUUUCAAAAUGAUAGUGAAAGACAUUAUAUCAUGCAAGUUGUUUGUGAAGCUACUCAAUCACCGAAUCUUAAAAUACAAGUAGCAGCAUUACAAAAUUUGGUCAAAAUUUUAACAUUGUAUUAUGAUUACAUGGAAUAUUAUAUGGGUCCCGCUUUGUUUGCUAUCACAAUGGAUGCUAUGAAAUCAUCUCAUGACGAAGUUGCUUUACAAGGUAUUGAAUUUUGGAGUAACGUCUGCGAUGAAGAAUAUGAACUUCAACUAAUGCAACAAGAAGCAGCUGAACAAAGUCGUCAACCCGAACGUACAAGUCGAUAUUAUGCACGAGGUGCAUUACAAUAUUUAGUGCCAGUUCUGUUGCAACGUCUUACAGUGCAAGAAGAAACCGAUGAUGAUGAUGAUUGGAACCCGUGUAAAGCAGCCGGUGUCUGUUUGAUGUUAUUAGCUAAUUGUGCAGAAAAUACGAUUAUUCAACAUGUAUUCCCAUUUGUUAGUGAAAAUAUAAAACAUGCAGAUUGGAGAUUUCGAGAAGCAGCCGUUAUGGCAUUUGGAUCAAUGAUGGAAGGACCUGAUGUUCAAAGUAUAAAACCAAUAGCUGAACAAGCCGUUCCAUUUUUAAUUGAAUUAUUGCAUGACCAACGUGUUGCUGUACGUGAUACAACAGCGUGGACAAUUGGACGAAUAUUUGAAUUUGUUUCUCAAGCUGUAAUGAACGAUCAGUUGUUACGUGGAAUAUUAACAGCGUUAGUCGCUGGCCUGAGUGACGUUCCACGCGUAGCAACUAAUAUCUGUUGGUCAUUUUCAAGUUUGGCACGUUCUGCAUACGAACAUGCCGAAUGUUCAGACGAUGAUGAAACGCCAAGUACAUAUUUAUUAUCGCAAUAUUUCGAAGGUAUCGUGCAAAAAUUAAUCCAAACAACAGAUAGAACUGACGGCAAUCAAUCAAAUUUACGUAAUGCUGCUUACGAAGCUCUCAUGGAAAUGAUUAGAAAUAGUCCAAAAGAUUGUUAUGCAACUGUUCAACGAACAACAAUGAUUGUAUUAGAAAGAUUAAAUAACGUUAUUUCGAUGGAAAGUCAUACGGCUAAUUCAAACGAUCGAGUACAAAUAAGUGAUCUUCAGUCAUUAUUGUGUGCAACAUUACAAAGCGUCUUACGUAAAAUGCAUCCAACUGAUGCACCUGUCAUCUCCGAUCACAUAAUGACAGCAUUAUUAUCAAUGUUAAAGUCAAACAAUGGGAAAGCUAGUUCGGUACAUGAAGACGCAUUAGUGGCUAUUGGAACUCUGGUUGAAGUGUUGGGCCCUGAAUUUUUCAAGUACCUUCCACAUGUAUUGCCUUAUUUAUUUGAAUCAUUAAAUAACCAUGCGGAUUAUCAGAUAUGUGCGGCGGCUGUUGGAUUAGUUGGUGAUUUAAGUCGUUCAUUAUUAGAUAAAAUUACACCAUAUUGUGAUCUAAUAAUGAACCAUUUAGUACAAUGUCUUGGGGAUGAUAAACUUCAUCGUUCUGUUAAACCACAAAUAUUAAGUACAUUUGGUGAUAUUGCAUUAGCUAUUGGAUUUGAAUUUAAAAAAUAUCUUGAAGUGGUAUUAAAUACACUAAAUCAAGCGUGUCGUGCACAAGUAGCUAAGAAUGAUUAUGACAUGAUUGAUUAUCUAAAUGAUUUGCGUGAAGGAUGUUUAAGUGCAUAUACUGGAAUUAUACAAGGUUUAAGAAAUUCAACAUCUGCAUCAUCGUCGACAGGAGCUACGACUUCUGGUUCAGGCGGUAUUAUAGUACAAACAACGACGCCAUUGGCUGACUUACAAUUAGUUACAGUACAAUUGCCAUUUAUCAUUCAAUUUAUUGAAACUGUUGCACGUGAUCCAAAUAAAUCCGAUACAAUUAUUGGAGCGGCCAUUGGUUUAAUUGGUGAUUUAGUUACAUCAUAUGGACAAGGAAUGUUACAAUUUGUUGAACGUGAUACCAUAGAUAAACUUAUAACAGAGGGAAAACGUUCAAAAAUAAUGAAAACAAAAACAUUAGCCACUUGGGCAGCUAAAGAAAUUCGAAAACUAAAAAGUGGUUGA